GUAAAACAUGCCGUGCUUACUUCAGUCAAUAGAGAUGAACUCAAAGAUCGUGGUGCCGAAAUAUGGUAUCAAACUGUAGUCAAAAUAAAAGAAUCAUCUCCACAGACGACUAUCGAGACAUUGAUACCUGAUGUGAAGGCAAACUGGGAUGCAUUAGAGAGAAUGAUCAGUGCUGGACAAGAAGUGGUCUCUCACAAUAUGGAAACAGUAGAGAGCCUUUAUCGUAAAAAAUUUGAUCUGGCCAAAGAUUUAAAGAAGAAUUUUCCACAACAAUUACUAGACGAAACUAAGGUGACAUUCGGUAUACCUGAUGCUUAUGAUCAGGGUGGCAGAUAUCUCAGAUACAAAUCUGGACAAGUAGAUAGA